UUGCCUUGGUCUUCUGUUUCUGUUUUUCUUGCGUUUUGUUUUUUUAUUUUUCGGUAUUUAGACAAAAAAAUAUCUGUUUACUGAUAGUUCAUGUUUGUGAUCGCGGCUAAAACGUUACUUAAGGAAUUGAAUAACGUCAAACAAGUCAACGUAAACACUGUGUCAUUUGCUGUUGCAAUAAAAGUUUGUUUGUUGACAUUUUGUUUCAAAAGAAACACCUAGACAAAAAAUACUAAAACAGAAAUUGAAUCGCAGAAUUUCAGUUAAAAUUGCCAAAACUGCCUUUUCUUGUGUGCGCUGCUGAAGGUGCAGUUAAAUUAUGCUAAACUUUGAAUAAAUAACACGCAAUUUGUGUAAAGUCGUCGUAAUUAUUUGUGCUGAAUCGAAAUCUGCCGACAAACGAAGAAUAACAAAAUGAAAACGAAAGUAAAUACUGUGAUGAUGGCUCCUUUAUCAAUAACAAAUCAAAAAAAUUAAUUUAUCUCCCCCUCCAUCCUUUGCCUAUCCCCCUUUAUCUAUAUACAACUACUGAGGUGUCACUUUGUGGAACAAUAUCAAAAUUCAUGGAAUGGUACUCCUAGAUAGCACAUGUAGAGGAGAAGAGGGUGAGAGCGCAUAAUCAAUUUUUUUACUUAUAAUACCACCAGUGCACAAGUUACGCUGCAGCUGAGUUUGGAAGAAGUUCUUACUAAAAUGUGCGGAAUAUUUGCUUACUUGAAUUACUUGACCCCAAGAACACGUCAUGAGGUUUUGGAAUUAUUGGUAAACGGUUUGAAACGUCUGGAAUAUCGUGGAUAUGAUUCCACAGGUGUAGCCAUUGAUGGUCCGGGUGACUACAAUGACAUUAUGCUGGUCAAACGAAUUGGCAAAGUCAAGGUGUUGGAGGAUGCCAUACAGGAGCUGUGCUCCAGCGAGGACUUCUCCGCUGCAUUGAACACACAUGUCGGUAUUGCUCAUACCAGAUGGGCAACCCAUGGUGUGCCCUCCGAAUUGAAUUCACAUCCUCAGCGUUCUGAUUUGGACAAUAGUUUUGUGGUAGUCCAUAAUGGUAUUAUAACCAAUUAUAAGGAUGUAAAGACCCUGCUGGAGAAAAGGGGCUAUGUUUUUGAGUCGGACACUGACACAGAAGUAAUUGCGAAGCUCGUUCAUCACUUGUGGACGCAAAAUCCAUCGUAUACCUUCCGCGAAUUGGUGGAACAAACAAUUCAACAGUUGGAGGGAGCCUUUGCGGUGGCCUUCAAAUCCAAGGAAUUUCCUGGCGAAUGUGUUGCUUCACGCCGCGGCUCUCCCCUGCUGGUAGGCAUCAAGACCAAAACAUGUCUGGCCACAGAUCAUAUUCCCAUUUUGUAUGCCAAAGAACAUCGUCCUCAUGGCCAUAGUAAGCAGCAAUCAAUGUUGUCUGUUACUAGCACCGAAUCCCUUGCCGAAUUCAUGCCUUUGGACGAUACUGAAGUGGAAUAUUUUUUUUCCUCGGAUGCUUCGGCAAUUAUAGAGCACACCAAUCGUGUUGUCUAUUUGGAAGACGAUGAUGUGGCCGCCGUUAAGGCAGGUGCCUUGAGCAUCCAUCGUUUGAAAAGGUCAUUGAAUGAUGCCCAUGCUCGAGAAAUCACCACAUUGAAAACCGAAAUCCAACAGAUCAUGAAGGGCAACUAUGACUACUUUAUGUUGAAGGAAAUCUUCGAACAACCCGAGUCCGUGGUAAACACCAUGAGAGGUCGUGUGAAGUUCGAAUCACAAGACGUGCUGUUAGGAGGCAUCAAGCAAUAUAUACCGGAUAUAAAAAGGUGCAGGCGCAUAAUGCUGAUCGGAUGUGGCACCUCGUACCAUAGCGCGGUGGCUACUAGACAACUCUUGGAGGAGCUAACGGAAAUUGCUGUGAUUGUGGAAUUGGCUUCGGAUUUUCUGGAUCGUGCUACGCCCAUCUUUCGUGAUGACGUGUGUUUCUUUAUCUCGCAAUCUGGAGAAACUGCUGAUACUCUACUCGCCAUGAGGUACUGCAAGCAAAGAGGAGCUUUAGUUGUGGGCAUUACGAACACUGUGGGCAGUAGUAUUAGUCGCGAAACCCACUGUGGCAUUCAUAUUAAUGCCGGCCCUGAGAUAGGCGUUGCUUCUACCAAGGCAUAUACCUCACAAUUCAUUUCUUUGGUUAUGUUCGCCCUGGUAAUGUCCGAUGAUAGUUUAUCAAUUCAAUCUAGACGUCAAGAGAUCAUUAAAGGCCUGUGCAAAUUGGGCGAUCAAAUUAAGAAGGUAUUGGAAUUGGAUGCGAAAAUUCAUGAUUUAGCCAAGGAACUGUACUUGCACAAAUCACUGUUGAUAAUGGGACGUGGUUAUAACUAUGCCACAUGCCUUGAAGGUGCCUUAAAAAUCAAGGAAUUGGCAUACAUGCAUAGUGAAGGUAUACUGGCGGGAGAACUAAAACACGGUCCCCUCGCUUUAGUCGACGAUAAGAUGCCUGUUCUCAUGAUUGUUCUACGCGAUCCUGUCUAUACAAAAUGCAUGAAUGCCUUGCAGCAAGUCACUUCGCGCCAAGGACGUCCCAUUAUAAUCUGUGAGGAAGGUGAUGAAGAAACCAAAGCCUUUUCCUCCCGCAGCCUGGAAAUUCCCCGCACGGUCGAUUGCCUGCAAGGUAUUUUAACUGUCAUUCCCAUGCAAUUGCUGUCAUAUCACAUUGCUGUUUUGCGUGGAUGUGAUGUUGAUUGUCCUCGAAACUUGGCCAAAUCAGUGACUGUUGAGUGAACUACUACACCCCAUCACCACCUACCUAUCUUAUCGGGUCUGUGCUAAGUUUCACUUUCCCUUUCACCUUCAGAAAAUGCCGUACGUUAUCAAGCAAACGAAAUGGCAAAUUACUUUGAUGACAAAUAAUGAUGAAACUCUGAAAGUGAAAUCGGGAACUGCCCGGUAUUUACCAAUGGUUUUACAUUUUUGAGGUUGUUACUAUUAUUAUUAAAGAGCCCUCCUCUGUGCAUUUCCAAAAUCUAUGAUUGUAUAUUUAUUUUUCGCGUUUUUUGUUAAGAUAAGCUAAACUUUUUACCGUACGCUAUUUGUUGUCUAAAUAUC